GUUCACAAUCAUAAGUUCAACGAGAGCCAAGCGAGAAGUCAGAAUCAUCGUUGGCAUCAGACACGCACGGCGCAUUGUUGGGCAACGAGACACGUUAGCCUCCACAGCUACAAGCGGGUUGGAAAUCGCAUCACUGCCUCUGACUGCCUCGCGAAUAAUUAUGCAGCAAGUCAAAGAUCGUUGUAGAUCGUUGAGUAACCCGCCGGUAAGAAUAUCUGCGAUUGAACGGGAUGACAAAAGCCUUACUCGAACCGAUCAGAAAAAGAUAUUGGGAAAAUCAAAAGGAACAGGUGAAGCCUCUCAUAUUCCCAGACCUCGUUUUAGAAGCUCUUCCAGCGACCGAGCAGGAUCACUCGGCAGAAAAUCGUAUUUAAAAAUUACAGGAAGAACUCCACUACGUCAACCAACAACUCCAAUCACUCCAGCAAGAGUUUCCACUAAGCUUAAUGUACCAAGCACAGUACUUACAGCGAGUUCUAGCAGGCAUGUGUCAACAACAAUGGGUCGAUCGCCGUCUGGUGACCGUGCUAGCACCGUGGGUACUAAAGGUCCUAGAAAGGACACAAGACCCUUAACAGAUAAGAAUUAUCAGACAGUCCUGCUAAACAAAAUAGAUAAUUUCUUUUAUAUAAAUCAACAUUCAACGAUGCUAAACAGCAAUGGCAGUUUGAAACCGAUUACAUUGAAGAUGUUUGUAGAAGUUUCUGGUUUCCUAUUGAAGUAUCUUGAUGUCAAACAUGAUCUCAUGAUGACAAAUUAUAUAGACGAAUUACCGAAAUGUGCAAAAAAGCUACAUUAUCCUGGUGUGAUGACCAAAUCAUGGUUGAAAACUGCUAAUGCAAUGCAUUCAUGGCCCUAUGUUCUCGGUUGGAUCGGUUGGUUAGUAGAAGCAUGCCAAGUGAAAGAAAUCGCGUUUAAUAAAUAUCAACUAGUAACUUUGCCGUUCGUAGGAACGGAACAGCAGGCUCAAAGUUACAAAAUGGAGUUUGAAGCACUGUUGGAGUGUUACAAAGCUUGGAACGACGAAAAACUCGAUGAAGAAGCAGAACUGUGGGAACGAUAUCUGCAAAAUGUUUUAGUUCAGCAAGGCAUUACUGAUGAUGAUAUAGCUCAGGCACAAAAAGAAUUAGAAGAAGAAGAAAUAAAGUUACAAAUGCAUGAAGAAGAAUCACAGAAACUUGAUGAAAAAAUUGAAUAUUUAAAACAGAAGUUAGCGUCUUUGCAUGCCAAGAAGUCUCAACAUUUAAACAAUAUUAAAACUAAGGAAGAUUAUAUAAAGAAGGUUUCCGCUGAGACAGAUCAAUUAAAUGCAGAACGCAAAGUUUUAAAGGAACAAAUUCAGAUAGGAAAUGUACAAUACGAAGAAUUAAUCGCAAUUGUGAAAAAUCAACCAAUGUCUAAGACUGAAAAAGAAAAUAUUGUUAAAAAAUGUACAGAGAUUCAAAACUACAUACACCAAUUUGAUGAGCAUUUGAAAGAUUACCAAAAGGAAUCAUACACAUUAGAUAUCAAAUUAGCGACUUUCGUUAAUAAUCUCAAUAAAGCAAUAUUAGAAUAUAAUAAGGAAGUCUUUAUGCAUAUUGAUAACGACGUUGGUGUAGAUUUCGAUGAAUUAAAGCUUCCAGAAAAAGGAUUACUAGAGCCACAGAUAAUACAUGUAAUGCAAGAAAAGGUCACUUUGAUAAAAACAUUCAAAGAAAUAUUAAUGAAGCAAUGCAUUGAGACAGAAUCUCUUAUUCGUUCUGACACUGUAAAAUUGGAAAAACUGAAAGAAGAAAUUAAAUCUUUGCCAGAUGAAAGCAAAUUGAAGGAUGAAAUAUCUCACAUUAAUAAAAUGAAAACAGAUGCAAAAAAGAAGAAAGUCGAACAUACAAAACACAUAGAAGACCUGAAAAACGAAAUUAAAGAAAUGCAAGACAUGAUGCCAGAUAUACAAGCGGUAGACUUCGAAAUAGAAGAGGCACGAGACAAAUUAGAUGCAGUCAUAAGAAGACGAACGUUUUUAGAAAAAGCUGCCAAAAAAUUUUUAGAAGAUCUUUAUAAAAUUAUCGGCGAACACAGAGGAGAGCUUUAUAAUAUUAUAACAAAAGACAGAACAAAAUAG